GCCCGCCGCAAUGCGCAGCCGGAGCAACUCGGGCGUGCGGCUGGACGGCUACGGGCGUCUGGUGCAGCAGACCAUCCUCCGGCACCAGGACGCGGUGACGGGCCUGCUCCCCGCCAGCGCCGACCACCGGGAUGCCUGGGUCCGGGACAACGUCUACGGCAUCCUGGCCGUCUGGGGGCUGGGCUUGGCCUACCGCAAGAAUGCCGACCGCGACGAGGACAAGGCCAAGGCCUACGAGCUGGAGCAGAGCGUGGUGAAGCUGAUGCGGGGGCUGCUCCAGUGCAUGAUGAGACAGGUGGACAAGGUGGAGGCGUUCAAGUACAGCCAGAGCACCAGGGACUGCCUGCAUGCUAAGUACAACACCCACACCUGUGCCACCGUGGUGGGGGACCACGAGUGGGGUCACCUACAGAUGGAUGCCACCUCGCUCUACCUGCUCAUGCUGGCACAAAUGACGGCCUCAGGCCUCCACAUAAUUCACAGCCUGGAUGAAGUCAACUUUAUCCAGAAUCUUGUGUUCUACAUUGAAGCAGCCUACAAAACUGCGGACUUUGGGAUAUGGGAGCGCGGGGACAAGACGAACCAGGGCAUCACCGAGUUGAAUGCUAGCUCCGUCGGCAUGGCCAAGGCUGCCCUGGAGGCACUGGAUGAGCUGGAUCUCUUUGGAGCAAAGGGAGGCCCGCAGUCGGUGAUACGGGUGCUGUCGGACGAGGUGCAGCACUGCCAGUCCAUCCUCCACUCGAUGCUGCCCAGGGCCUCCACAUCCAAGGAGGUGGACGCCAGUGUGCUCUCUGUCAUUUCCUACCCAGCAUUCGCUGUGGAGGACAGCGAGCUGGUGGAAAUCACCAAGCAAGAGAUCAUCACAAAGCUGCAGGGGCGCUACGGCUGCUGCCGCUUCCUCCGGGAUGGAUACAGAACCCCCAAAGAAGACCCUAACCGCCUCUACUAUGAACCUGCUGAGCUGAAGCUGUUUGAGAACAUCGAGUGUGAGUGGCCUCUCUUCUGGGCAUACUUGAUCAUUGAUGGGAUUUUCAGCGGAAACAUGGAGCAGGUGCAGGAGUACCGGGAAGCCCUUGAGGGGGUUCUCAUCAAGGGGAAGAAUGGGUUGCGCCUGGUGCCAGAGCUGUACAGCGUCCCACCGGAUAAGGUGGAUGAGGAGUACAGGAACCCCCACACUGUGGACAGGAUACCCAUGGGCAAGCUGCCGCUCAUGUGGGGGCAGUCCCUCUACAUCCUGGGCUGCCUGAUGGCCGAGGGGUUUCUAGCUCCCGGUGAAAUAGAUCCCCUCAACCGCCGGUUUGCGACUGUCCCCAAGCCCGAUGUGGUGGUCCAAGUGUGCAUCCUGGCAGAGACGGAGGGGAUCAAGGCAGCCCUGAGGAAGGAGGACAUCGACGUGGAGACUGUGGCAGAUGUCUAUCCCAUCAGAGUGCAGCCUGCUCGCAUCCUCAGCCACAUCUACGCCCGGCUGGGCCGCAACAAGCAGAUGUGCCUGACAGGACGGCCCUAUCGGCACAUGGGUGUCCUUGGGACCUCCAAGCUCUACAACAUCAGGAAGAACAUCUUUACCUUUACCCCGCAGUUCAUAGACCAGCAGCAGUUCUACCUGGCUCUCGACAACAAGAUGAUUGUGGAGAUGCUGAGGACAGACCUCUCGUACCUCUGCAGCCGCUGGAGGAUGACUGGGCGGCCGACCAUCACCUUCCCCAUCUCCCAUACCAUGCUCGAUGAAACGGGCAGCAGCGUGCACCCCACGGUGCUGGCAAUGCUGCGGAAGCUGCAGGACGGGUAUUUUGGUGGCGCAAGGAUCCAGACGGGUAAGUUGUCGGAGUUCCUGACAACGUCGUGCCGAACGCAUCUCAGCUUUAUGGACCCUGGGCCAGAGGGUAAGGUCUUUGCCAAGAGUUAUGAGCUCAGCAUUGACAGCUUUGAGGAGCUAGAUGCCGAGGAGUGGCUGCAUGGCUUGCAGAUAGCAGAGGAUGCGGACACGUAUGACGAGGUUGCUCAGUAUUUGGACCACCUGCUGCAGCGCACAGUUCCCCAGUCGAACCUUCCUCCCACCGCCCAGCGGGGAGGGCUGAGCCGCUUCCGGGCUGCUGUCCACACCACCCGUGACCUCAUGUCCCUGGCAUCCAAGGCCAAGGACCUUCAUGUCCAGAAUGUUGGGAUGUAUGUCCCCAGCAAGAUCUUCCAGGCAUCCCAGCAGUCAGUCAAGCUGCUGAGUUCACCCCACCAGCAUGACGUGGAUGGCAAGAGCCAUGCACUCCAUGCAGAGAUGAACCUGCCCCGUGAUGAGGAUGGCAAUGUGGACUGCAAGGCACUGGUGGACCAGCUGCGCAUCUGCCCCACGCUGCAGGAGCAAGCGGACAUCCUCUACAUGCUCCACAUCCUCAAGGGGCCCGAGUGGCACACGGGGCUUGAUAGCGAGCCUGGCCCAACCGUCAAGGAGCUCCUCACUGAGCUGUACGUGCGGGUGGGGGACACACGCCAGUGGGCCCUGAUCCGCUACAUCUCUGGGAUCCUCAAAAAGAAGGUGGAAGCUCUGGACGAGGCCUGCACUGACCUUCUGUCGCACCAGAAGCACUUGACAGUUGGGCUGCCCCCGGAGCCACGUGAGAAGACGAUCUCUGCCCCGAUCCCCUACGAGGAGCUUGUUUGCCUCAUUGAUGAAGCCAGUGAGAAGAACCUCAGUGUGUCCAUCCUCACCCAGGAGAUCAUGGUGUACUUGGCCAUGUGCAUGCGCACACAGCCCACACUCUUUGCUGAGAUGUUCCGCAUCCGCAUCGGGCUCAUCAUCCAGGUGAUGGCAACGGAGCUGGCGCACUCCCUGCGCUGCUCGGCUGGAGAAGCCACUGAGAACCUGAUGAAUCUCAGCCCGUCAGACAUGAAGAACCUCCUCUACCACAUCCUCUCUGGCAAGGAGUUUGGGGUGGAAAGGAGCGUGCGAUCAGUCGACUCGUCGGUCACCACUAUCUCCAUCUGUGAGGUGGGGGCUGUUGGGGCUACCAAGCCUGAGCGUGCUGGCAUCGUCAGGCUGAAAAGUGAGAUCAAACAGCAAUUGGAUAAACGUAGGCAGUCUCUGACUGGGAGUAAGCCCCUCAGUUUGCAGUCUGGAGACACUGACUUGAAGUCCUCUCUGUCCGCUGGGCACGCAGAGCUGCUGGGCAAGGGCUCCUUUUCAAGAAUGCUGGAAGACCAGGGCAGUAAGGACAGCCGACAGGGCCAGUGGCAGCGGAGACGGCGGCUGGAUGGGGCCCUCAACCGUGUCCCUGUGGGCUUCUACCAGAAUGUCUGGAAGGUCCUACAGAAGUGCCAUGGCCUCUCUGUGGAGGGCUUUGUUCUCCCCUCUUCAACAACCAGAGAGAUGACCCCAGGGGAAAUUAAGUUUGCUGUGCAUGUGGAGUCGGUCCUCAACCGUGUGCCCCAGCCAGAGUACAGGCAGCUGCUGGUAGAGGCUAUCUUAGUGCUCACCAUGCUGGUGGACAUGGAGGUGCACACCAUUGGCGGCAUCAUAGCUGUGGAAAAGAUCUUGCACACAGCCAACGACCUCUUCUAUGAGGAACAGAAAGCCCUGGGUGCUGAUGACCACAUGCUGGAGAGGGAUCCCACGACAGGGAUCUGCAGCCUGCUGUAUGACAGCGCACCAAGUGGUCGGUUUGGCACCAUGACCUACCUGUCCAAGUCGGCGGCCAUGUACGUGUACGACUUCCUGCCUACUGACGGCUGCUCCAUGCAGUAGCUCUCGCAGCUCCUCUCCCUAGGCUGCAGAUGCCACAGGAGGGUUGUUUCAUACAGCUUUUAAAGAUGGGCAUUAGGCUAGUUUGCAGGCAGCCUGCAUGGCCAUCUCUCCUCCCAGUCCUGGCCUCUCAGUGGGUGAGCAGCUCUCCUGAGGAGCUGUGCAGGAGGCACACGCUAAGCUGACCUGUGCCUGCGUGCAGACUGUGGAGCAAGGGCUGGCAGGGGAAGGCUGAGCUUUGAAGCCUGCUUUUGUUAGAAGUGUCUGCCUGCACAGCUCCUCCUGGGCCAUCACCCCUGGAGGGGCCUGUGUUUGAGGGAAAUGGAAAGGGCCCCCCCUCACCAAGUGCGUGUGCUCAGCACUGCAGCGUUCCCUGGGAGCUCACGCUCUCCCUGCCUCCAGCAGAUUCAAGGGUUUUAACCUGUUCUGUGCUGCUUUUCAUUCCAAAUUUGCAGGAUUUAUACUAGUGUAGGCUGGCAUUCUUGCUCUUCCUGCUGCUGAUGGAAAAGCCUUAGAGGAAUAGGGGAUGCUGCCUGAGCCUCUCUCCCAGCACACUCAAAAUCAAAACAGUCCAACCUAGCCACAGCUGUGCUGCUUGGAGGUAGGUGGCCCAUCAUGCCCCCCUCAAGUGUGUGGAGCUGGGUAGGCUGUGGGAGCCAGGAGCAUCCCAAGGUGGUAACAGAUCCCUGUUACCACCAAGCUGUGAGGACAGGGCUUCUGGCUGGCUGGGGGAUGCUGGUGGCAGCCCCUCCAUGCCGUCUGCUCUGUCCCUGGCAGUGUUGCUAAUGGCUAAGUCUCAGGUUCCCAAGUUCAUAUAUGCCCUGUGAAGCAGCUCUGAGCUGCCUGCUUGGCUCAGCAUUAGCUGUGCCAUCACAGAUGUCUUCUUAAUGCGCAGCUCUGGCCUCUGCCCCAGCUCCCACAGCCUUGCACAGGAGAGGGGUGGUGACUUUAGACUUGGUCCCAGCUCUGCUCUAUCCUGCACGUCAAACCCCAGAGCAGUUGGACUGAUGGGGGUCAGGCAUACACACCCCACAAAGUGGUGGGGUGAGUGGGGCUAUAAAGUCAUAGAAUCAUAGAAUAAUUUGGGUUGGAAGAGACCUUUAAAGGUCAUCUAGUCCAACCCCUCUGCAAUGAGCAGGGACAGCUUCAACUAGAUCAGGUUGUUCAGAGCCCUGUCCAGCCUGACCUUGAAUGUUUCCAGGGAUUGGGGCAUCUACCACCUCUCUGGGCAAUCUGUGCCAGUGUUUCACCACCCUCAUUGUAAAAAAUUUCUUCCUUAGGUCUAGUCUGAAUCUACCCUCUUCUAGUUUAAAACCAUUACCCCUUGUCCUAUCACAACAGGCCCUGCUAAAAAGUUUGUCCCCAUCUUUCCUAUAAGCCCCCUUUAAGUAUUGAAAGGCUGCAAUAAGGUCUCCCUGUGCAGCCUUCUCUUCAGGCUGAACAACCCCAACUCUCUCAGCCUUUCCUCACAGGAGAGGUGUUCCAGCCCUCUGAUCAUAUUUGUGGCCCUCCUCUGGACCCGAUCCAACAGGUCCAUGUCUGUCUUGUACUGGGGACCCCAGAGCUGGACACAGUACUCCAGAUGGGGGUCUCACCAGAGUGGAGUAGAGGGGGAGAAUCACCUCCCUUGACUUGCUGGCCACGCUUCUUUUGAUGCAGCCCAGGAUACAGUUGGCUUUCUGGGCUGCGAGUGCACGUUGCUGGCUCGUGUCCAGCUUUUCAUCCACCAGUCCCUCCAAGUCCUUCUCUGCAGGGCUGCUCUCAAUUCCUUCAUCCCCCAGCCUGUAUUGAUACUGGGGUUUGCCCUGAUCCAGGUGUGGGACCUUGCACUUAGCCUUGUUGAACCUCAUGAGGUUCAUAUGGGCCUGCUUCUUGAGCUUGUCCUGGUCCCUCUGGAUGGCAUCCCUUCUCUCAGGUGUGUCAACUGCACCACUCAGCUUGGUGUUAUCUGCAAACUUUCUGAGGGUGCACUCAAUCUCACUGUCUAUGUCAUUGAUUAAGAUAUUAAACAGUACUGGUCCCAGCAUGUACCCCUGAGGGACACUACUUGUCACCGAUCUCCAUCUGGACAUUUAGCUGUUGACUGCUACCCUCUGGAUGUGACAAUCCAGCCAAUUCCUCAUCCACUGAAUAGUCUGCCCAUCA